ACCUGUAAGACGAAGAGUCUGCACACGCGGGACAGUUAAGCGCUCAGGUUAGAAAGGCAAAGAAGCAAUGGCUCUGUCCCAGUGCCUGGACGACUCGCUCUUCAGGGUCAAGUCGACACUCCCCGGAGCCGUGCCGUGUAAUCUGCAGGAGGUGUACAAUGAGAGACACCGGCUCGCCUUGGAGGAGUUGCUGUCCGGGGGGGUCGACGACUUUCUGGGCUUUCUCAGGAAGGAGUCCAUCGCCAACUUCCUGUCGGACGAGGAGAUCCAGUGGAUGCGGGGCGCCGCCGUGGCCCCGCGACGCGCGUCUGUGCUCGGCGAGCACCAGACGCUGCUGCCGGAGCAGCGGUCUCUCAGCAGCUCGAUUGACUGUUUGUCGGUCACUUAUUUCCCCGAAGUGUCGGACGUGGAACCGCCGCCGCUGGAGAUCGGCUGGCCCGCCUUCACUGCGGGCUCUUACCGGGGAGUCACCAGGGCCGUGGCUCACUUCCAGCCGAGCUAUGGCGACAACAUCUACGCUUGCAAAGAAGCAGCAAGGAAAAUGAUCAGCAGUGCCAGAGAGGCGGAUGAAAAGAGGGACAGCAGCGACGGGGAGGAACAUGAACCAGAGCGCGUUGCUGACACUCUCCACAUAUUUGGAGAAGCAAGAUAUUCCCUUUCAUGGCCUUAUGUGAUCGCCAUAGUUACGGAUUCCCUGACAGACCUGGAUAUCUUUAAGGAUCUUCAAGAGGCGUGUUCUGUCCGCAAAGUCCCCGUUUACAUUCUGCUGGACCAGUCAAGCUGUCCCGCUUUCCUCAGGAUGUGCACAAACGUUGGCGUCGGCUUGGAUGAGCUGCAGCAAAUGAGAGUGCGAACCAUAACUGGCACGACUUAUUACACAAGAUCAGGAGCGAGGAUCACUGGAAGAGUUCAUGAGCGCUUUAUGUUGAUUGAUGGGAACCGUGCGGCUACAGGUUCAUACAGGUAUUUGUCCGUUUUGUCCAUCCAUCCAAGCUCACGCUUUGCUCCCACCCACAAAUGUACAUCUAACAGUUUCUUCUUUUAUUUUAUACAUGUACAAACUGAACUCGCAAAAAAAAAAAAAAAAAAGUGUUUCGUGUUUUAGAAAAGAGCUCUAUUUAUGCAGGGUCAGAGGCUUUCAAGUCAAAUUUCAUCUGAUUAUGAUCUGCAAUUGCGCAUUUGGAAGUCAUUUAAAUUCAACGUGGCAAUUUUCGUUUUCAAAUUCCCACUGUCGGAUCCCAUCAGAUCAAAAUGUAAUUUGUUGUGUUCAUAUUUGUGGUCUUAUUACAUAUUGUUCUUUUGGAUGCAUUGUUGUCUCUGAUUUCUACUUGAAACAAUAUUCCUCUUUUUUUUUUUUUUUUUUUUAAAUCCCUGAGGGGGAACAGUCAGGCACAGAGAGAUGUAAGAGUUGUCAAGCAUAGGGGUGUAAAAGUCUCUUAGUUCAGGGGCCACUCAGAGCAAAUGGGCCGGACCACGAAAAUCAUGGCAUGGUUUCUCUAAAUAACAACAAAAAGUUGUGUUUUCCUCUUUGUUUUCAUGCAACUGAUGGCAUCCAAGUCUGGUUGGAAAAGCUGAAUGUACAGAACUCUCCUUUUGCAAAACGUUGAAAAAUGGGCAAUUUGAGUCCCCUUAUUGUCUGCAUGUGUGGGCCUCUUAACUUUGAAGUCAUCACAUGUUCUUGGAACAGAAAAGAGUAUUGCACUGAAAGAUGAAAUCAAGCUAGGGAUUUUAUUUUCACUCCAUGUGGGUCACACGUAUUCAGAGAUGAUCAGUCUUUUUGGAACAAUCUCCUUGUUGCGUUGUCGCAAAUAACAAUAGCGCAAUAAUUAUUACAUUGG